GAGGAGAGGCGUGACCAUUAAGAAUCAGAAGUCAAAAUUUGAAACUAUAUGAUAUGAUAUCAUACGAUUUCCAAACCCCAAUAAUCUUUGUCGCCAAUCACAAAAGUUCAAUUCCCACUUCUCAAUUCCAACACCCAUUUCGAUGCGUAGCUUCCAAUUUCUAAGUUCCUCCAUCUCAUAAGUCAUACCCCAAUAGACUAAAACGUCUAUUUAUGCACAGAGUGGAGUGAGGAAGCAAAUGUUCUCUUUUCCUUUUCCAACAACAGCUUGGAAAAGUCAGCAUAAAUUCGCAUUCAAACGGCUGCAAUCAUUCCUCUUUAGGUUGGGAACUCUUCUCAUCCCUUGAAUUUCACUACCCAUCUCUUGUUUUCUCAAAUAUAAUUCUAUUCCUUUUAUCCGAAUACUGAAUUGUUGGAUUCCGAACGAAAGCUCCAUCUGGGUCUGUUUGAGUUGUCCUCUUAUGCACUGUUUUUCUUUCCCUCUUUUUUUUUCUUCUUGUUAGUUGGGUUCUGUGACUCAUCACUCAAUUUUGGUUUGUUCUCAUCCGGGCUGUGGGAUUUGUCUGUUCUAAUCUUGUUUGAGCGUUAAAAACAAGAAGAUAAUGAGGAGUUUCAAGAAUUUUUGCACGAAAAAGACCGUAAUCGGUCUUGGGUUGGGACAAUUUCUCUCUCUCCUUAUCACUUCCACUGGUUUUGCAUCCUCUGAACUUGCUAAAAGAGGAAUUAAUGCACCAACAUCACAGUCCUUCAUAAACUAUGUCCUCUUGGCAAUUGUCUAUGGAAGUAUAGUGCUCUACCGUAAGAAAGCACUCAAGGCAAAAUGGUACUUCUACAUACCACUAGGAUUGGUAGAUGUAGAAGCCAACUACCUUGUUGUGAAGGCCUAUCAGUACACAUCUCUAACAAGUGUCAUGCUGCUGGAUUGUUGGACAAUCCCUUGUGUUAUGCUGCUAACCUGGCUUUUCCUGAAAACAAAAUACCGAUUCAGGAAAAUAGCUGGUGUUGUUGUUUGUGUUGCCGGCCUUGUCAUGGUCAUCUUUUCUGAUGUUCAUGCUGGUGAUCGAGCUGGAGGCAGCAGCCCACUUAAGGGGGAUGCUCUCGUCAUAGCUGGUGCUACCCUUUACGCUGUUACUAAUGUCAGCGAGGAAUUUCUGGUGAAGAAUGCUGACAGAGUGGAGCUAAUGGCUAUGUUAGGUAUCUUUGGUGCCAUCAUCAGUGCAAUCCAGAUAAGCAUAAUUGAGCGCAAUGAGUUGAAAGCCAUUCGAUGGACAGCCAAAGCAGCAAUUCCUUUUACUGGAUUUUCUGUGGCUAUGUUUCUGUUCUACUCGUUUGUCCCAAUACUGCUUCAGAUUAGUGGAUCCACAAUGUUGAACCUGUCUCUACUAACCUCAGACAUGUGGUCAAUUGUGAUUCGCAUUGUUGCUUAUAAUGAAAAGGUUGAUUGGCUUUACUACUUGGCCUUUGCUGCUGUUAUCAUUGGGCUCAUUAUUUAUUCAGUGGGUGAGAAAGAAGAAGAAGAUCAACUUCAAGCUAAUGUUGGUGACGAAGAAGCCGAGCAUGAAAAACGUCCAUACAAGGAAUGCCCAUCAAGAAACCGGGUACAAGGAAUAUCAGCCAGCAGUUCAAAGAUCUAGGAUGGUAGAAAAAAAAAAGAAAAUCUUAGGAAGAAAUAAAUAUUUUGCUUCCUAGGAUGAAUUAGGAAAGAAGUAUCUUAUUCUUAUCUAAUCCCCAUUUAGAGUUUGCUUAUUUUUUGUUGGCCUUUGGAUGGGGUUGUCAUUGCUCAACAUCCCAUUGCUCAUUGCUAACAAUCUGGCUAAGUAAUUAUUGAUGAAAGCUUUGAUUUUCUGUUGUGGUCUGAAAUUGAAUUUGUCGGUUAAUUAAAUAUGUGCAAGUUACAAAAACCAUACUACAAAGUA